AUGAAGGCCAAGCAUCGCCACAUCUCAGAACACCGCAACAUUCGUCAACUCUGGGGCUGCCUCGUCAACGCCGCGGGGGAGCUCCAGAUGCCCAGAACCUCGUCAUUUUGGGCGAGCUGCGACGACGUUUUGCGGCCGAAGCACAGCACGAAGAUCAAGCUUCCGCAGUAA